GUCGUGACUUCUCGCUUGCACUCGUGACAGUCUCGCCGCGUCACCCGACAUGCAUUGUGCGGAAGGCAAAAAGGUCGUGUGCUACCACGGCAGCUGGUCGGCCUACAGGACCGGCAACGGCAAGUUUGAGAUAGAGUACAUACAGCCCCAACUGGCCACCCAUCUCAUCUACAGCUUCGUUGGAAUGACGCCUGAAGGAGAGGUCAGGAUUAUUGAUCCGUGGCUGGAUCUUCCUGAAGGAAAAAACGGAUUUAAGCGUUUCAAUGCGCUCAAAUCGGCCAACACUAAAACUCUCAUCGCCCUCGGAGGUUGGAAUGAAAGCUCUGCUACUAUCUCAGCUGUAGUGAACAACCCGUCGCUGAGGGCUCAUUUCGUGCAGUGUGCAGUGCAGUUCUUGAGGACUUACGGGUUUGACGGUCUCGACUUGGACUGGGAGUACCCAGGGCACCGUGGCGGUUCCCCAGGAGACAAGGUGGCGUUUGUUGAACUGCUCAAGGAGCUGAGAACAGAAUUUGAUAAACACGGUUACCUGCUGACAGCUGCAGUGGGUGUUGGUCGUUACCUAGUUGGGACUGCAUACGAUGUACCCCAAUUAUGUAGAUACCUGGAUUUCAUCAACUUGAUGGCAUACGACCUUCACGGAUCGUGGGACAACAAGACUGGUCAAAACUCCCCGCUGUACGCCAGCUCUGCUGACAAGACGGAGGCUGAGAGGCAGCUGAACGUGGACUCCAGCGUGCGCUACUGGAUCCAGAAUGGCGCAGACCCAUCAAAACUGGUACUGGGUAUGGGCACCUACGGGAGGACGUUCACUCUGGCCAGCACCGCCCACACCGGCGUCGGGGUUCCGACAAAUGGACCUGGCACCGCUGGGCCGUACACCAAAGAGGCUGGCAUGAUGGGCUACAAUGAGAUCCUGGAAAAACUAAAAUCUGGAGGGUGGAAAGUCACAUGGGAUGAAGAGCAGAAGGUGCCGUAUGCAGUUCACGAAAACCAGUGGGUUGGUUAUGACAACGAAGAGUCCAUCCGGCUGAAGUCGCAGUACGUUCUCAACAUGGGCCUAGCUGGUGGAAUGAUCUGGAGCCUGGAGACAGACGAUUUCAAAGGCCUGAAUAGUUCUACAACUUACCCUCUGCUCAGGACGAUCAACCAAGUCCUUCGGAGUUAGAUACAUUUAGAAAAACAAUGGUCCGGAUUCUUACUUAGUUUUUGAGACUGGUGUAUGUGCCCGACAGCUCAUUAAAUGUAAAAGUCGCUUUCAAACAAUGUCAUUAUCAGAUGUACUGGUACCUGUUGAACCAAUAUUGGUCAGCUAAUAUGUUAAUGCUUACUAAUUGAUGCUCAACAUUUUAUACUGUAUGAUGUGUUGAUUAUUGAGUACCCUCCCAAGUAUAUGCUGCCUGAGCUGAAUCGAUAGUCAAUGGCCAGCAGCCUCAUUUCCUGCUUAAUUUCGAAAAUAUUGGAGAAUUAAAUGAGUGAAAGUGGACUGUGUUCAAAAAGCAUCUACGUCUUCAAAAUAGAAGGUGCAUGUGGCACCAGAAUGCGUCGUACAAAAACCUAGGAUUUUUUCUCCAUUUUGAUCAAUAUCCACUGCCAUAUACGUACUGAGACAAUCCGUCUUCCAUUGAAGUUCUGCCUCGACGCGUGACUCGAACUGUGGGCACCUAAGACACUCAAACACAUACCAUGCAUAGAGCAAGGCUUGACACAGAUAUCCUCACUACACUCAUUAGUUUCUAUUUAUUAAAAGACAACAAAAAGUUACCUGAUUUCUUCAGAUUAAAUGUUACUCAGUUUAUCUAAUGUCCUCAAUCUGGCCAAAGAUGAUCUCAAGGGGGUCUCAUAACAUAGCCAUAAAGCAGUCAGAGCCAAAAUGCUUUACGGAUAUAAACGGCAGUAUUUAAUUCGUAUUUAUUUUGUCGUGGACCACUGAAUAACGUUUACAGCAAACUGAAAUUUUUUGGUCAUUCAGACUAUUUCGACUGAAUGGUUGUUGGUAGUAUUAUCACUGCACUUGUAUUAGUAAAGCUCUCGAUUACAACGUAGCA